CUGCUAUGGGGGGAUCGAGUGGUGAUCCCGGAGAAAUUGAGGGAAAAGGUAUUGGAGAUCCUUCACGAAGGCCACCCAGGGAUCGUGAGAAUGAAGGGUCUAGCGAGAAGCUAUGUGUGGUGGCCCUUAAUGGACAUGGAAAUUGCUGAAAGGGUAGGGAAAUGCCAGGCCUGCCAAGAGUCCAGACCGCUACCCCCAACGGCCCCGAUUCGGGAAUGGGAGAGACCCCAGGGCCCUUGGUCUAGGAUCCAUAUCGAUUUUGCCGGCCCCUUCCACGGCCAAACCUUUCUGGUAGUAGUCGAUGCCUACUCCAAAUGGCUGGAAAUCAUUCUCAUGAGAUCCAUGACAGCCGAGGCCGUGAUUUUAGUCCUACGGCACCUAUUUGUGACCCACGGGUUUCCCGACACUUUAGUCUCCGAUAACGGCCCGCAGUUCACGGCAACCCAGUUUGAGGGGUACUUGGCAGAGGAGGGCAUCCGGCAUGUCCUCUCGGCGCCUUUCCACCCUGCGACGAACGGCCUUGCAGAACGUUCCGUUCGGAGCGCAAAGGAAGCAUUGUCCAGAAUCAGGCCAGGCAAUUGGCAAACAAAAAUCGAUACAUUCCUAGCAGUCCAACACAGAACCCCCUGUGUAACAACUGGCCGCAGCCCGGCAGAGCUAUUAAUGGGUCGGAAGCUUAGGUGCCCACUAGACCGUUUAAACCCAAACUACACACCAGACGUGUCCCUUAAUGGCCCCAAUGUCAAAUUCCUUUAUGUCAUUUCCCGUGGGUUUAGUCGCCUUUUGAAAGAAUAA